CGUGAGUACCCCGACCAGAUAUGUGUGAGAUGCUACCCUUCCUACCAAUGUCAUAACAUUAUUUUGUCUCAUUGUAAUUAUUUAAAACUGUGCAUAUAUAAACAAGUCUAGUUGCAGCAGAGUGUCAACCGAGCAAAAUAAUAUCGGUCACAGGACGCAUCCAUGAGCAAGUAAAGGUUGGGGCUUGUGUAGAUGCAGAAUUGAAAUCGUUUUCCAUGGAAGUACAGUAGUAUGGAAUGGAAGUGGGUGACAGUACAGUUCAGGACUGAGUUUGUCAGCUACUGCAGUCUACAUAUAUUGAUAAAACUGAAAGGAUGUGUACCUUUGAUUAAGUAGUGUUGAUGUAUAAAGAUGAUACAUUUUAUCAGGUUGAGAUGAUAUUGGGAUGAGGUUAAUGUUGAAUAUCUAGAUGCCAUCUACACAAGAAUUAUUUAAAGCAGCCCUACAGGGAGAUCUUGCAUAUUUCAAAGAACUACAGAGUUGUGAUGUAGACAGCCAUGACAGUUGGUUAAAGGUCACCUACCCUAAGUCAGGUGACAAUCUCCUUCACUCUGCUGCCAGGCAGGGACAUGUUCAUUUGUUGAAGUUUUUUCAUGAGGCUGGGGCAGAUCUAGAGCUGCCAAACUUUGAUGGGAAACGACCCCUACACGAGGCAACACAGGCCGGACAUCUCGACUGUGUCAAAUACUUGCUGUCACAAGAUGUGUCUGUAGACUGCUUAAAAAGGGCUGACUGGACCCCUCUGAUGUUAGCCAGUACAAAACAGGACCUGGUGGUGAUACAGACACUCGUCAACUUCGGAGCUAAUCCCAGCCUCAGAAAUAAAGAUGGAUGGAACAGUUUUCAUCUGGCUUGUAGAGAAGGUUUCCUUCCAAUAGUUGAGUUUUACCACAAGUACAGAGGAGAUCUAUGGGACACAGUCAGCAAAAAUGGGAGAACGCCCCUUCACACUACAGCUCUCCAUGGUUGUUAUGACGUCACCUUGUUCCUACUGGAGAAUUGUGGGUAUUCUGUGGAUGUCAAGGACAGUUGUGGAAGUACACCAUUCAUGGACGCCAUGCGGUCAGGUCAUGUGAAUGUCGGACAAUUGCUUUUGGAGAAACAACAGGCCAAUAUUUAUGAGGUGGAUAAUGUUGGAUAUCAGGCUCUCCACCAGGCGGCUCAAGCUGGCCACACAGAGUCAGUUAAGUAUUUGGUGGAAACCAAGGGUGUGGAAGUGGACACGCCAACCACAGCAGGCUCCACAGCAUUGGCUGUCGCUGCCAAGGAAGGUCAGUUAGCUGUACUGGAGAUUUUGUUGGGAGCCGGAGCUAACAUUAACAGUGUGGACAACAAGGGUCGAUCUGCACUCCACAUAGCGAGCGGUGCCCACCAUGCAGCGUGUGUAGAGAUUCUUCUACAACGUGGUGCAGACAUAACACCUGAUGUGGCAGGUAACACCCCGGACAAACUGGCAAAAAAGGACAGUAUCGUCGAAAUGUUUGAGAGACAUAAGGCCUUAUAACACGCGUGACAAACUGGCAAAAAAGGACAGUAUCAUUAAAAUGUCUGAGAGACACAUCACCUGAUGUGACAGGUAGACAGUGUUAUUUAGCUGUUUGAGAGACACAUCACCUGAUGUGACAGGUAGACAGUGUUAUAAAGCUGUUUGAGAGAGACAACACCUGAUGUGACAGACAUUGUUAUUUAGCUGUCUGAGAGACACAUCACCUGAUGUGACAGGUAGACAGUGUUAUUUAGCUGUUUGAGAGACACAUCACCUGAUGUGACAGACAGUGUUAUAAAGCUAUUUGAGAGACACACCACCUGAUGUGACAGGUAGACAGUGUUAUUUAGCUGUUUGAGAGACACAUCACCUGAUGUGACAGACAGUGUUAUAAAGCUAUUUGAGAGACACACCACCUGAUGUGACAGGUAGACAGUGUUAUUUAGCUGUUUGAGAGACACAUCACCUGAUUUGACCGACAGUGUUAUUUAGCUGUUUGAGAGACACAUCACCUGAUGUG